GUGUGCUCUUUCUGUUUGGAUUAAGAUUCAUGUCCAGUCCAGGGGUUUGGUUUUUCAACAAAGCAAAAGCAAACUGUGGUUAAAAGAAAAAUCGUAACCGAAACAUAAGAGACAAGACACGCACCGUAGUCGGUUGUAUCUUCUAUGGACUGGUGGCAUUCGGAUGUGUUGAAUAUAAAAGCAAACGACGAUAUUAAAAAGCGCUCAGUUCAUGUUGCGAUAUCAUCCUAAUUCAAACUCUGCUUAACACAGAGAGAAAAUAAAUAAUUCUCGGGAUUUGAACAAAUUGAUAUUUUGUGUAUUUUUGAUGAUAAAUAAGGAUCAAUUAAAUCCUUAAAGAAAAAUUUUUAAAAAAUACUUGCUUGUGCAAUAAAAAUUAAAUAGUGAAAAACUUUAUAAAAACAGUGACUUAUCCAAAAUGGGUUUUCUCCUAACCGUUGUCCUUACAGGAACAAUUCUUGUAAUCUUUUUAUAUUUAUAUCUUCGUCUUGUGUACGAGUGUAUUCGAAAAGUUCAUAUAACCAAAAUCCAACAACCUAAUAAAAAAUCGCUCAAUAUUGCUAAUAAAACAAUUAUUGACCUACAUAAUAACAAAGUGCCCAGCGUCACCACAAAAACAAUGGUAUUGAAACAAGCACCAGGGCCAAUGCCAUGGCCAAUUUUGGGCAAUUUAGCGUUGUUAGGACAAUAUGAAGUGCCAUUCCAAGGAUUCACCGAAUUAGCUAAGCAAUUUGGUGAUGUUUAUACACUGACUUUGGGCACUACACGCUGUUUGGUGGUUAAUAAUUUGGAACUUAUUCGCGAGGUGCUUAAUCAGAAUGGAAAAUAUUUUGGUGGACGACCUGACUUUUUACGAUUUCAUAAACUAUUCGGAGGCAAUCGAAAUAAUUCUCUUGCCUUAUGCGAUUGGUCACAGUUACAACAAAAACGUCGUAACUUAGCCCGCAAACAUUGUUCACCACGGGACGCUUCUGCUUAUUACUCGAAAAUGAGUGAAGUUGGCUGCUUUGAAAUGGAAGAAUUCAUGGGUCGAUUGGAAAAGAUCAUCGUUCCAGGUGAAGAUUACCAACUCAAGCCCCUAAUUCAACAAACUUGUGCCAAUUUAUUCAUAAAAUACAUGUGUUCAAUUCGAUUUGAUUAUGACGAUGAGAAAUUCCAAGGAAUAGUUAGAUCAUUCGAUGAGAUCUUUUGGGAAAUCAACCAAGGAUAUGCUGUUGAUUUUCUACCCUGGCUUGUACCAUUCUAUUCGGGACAUAUGAAAAAAAUAGUCAACUGGUCGACAAUGAUUCGUAAAUUUAUUUUAGAACGAAUUAUCAAUGAACGUGAACGUCAUAUUGAUGUUGAUCAACCGGAAGUUGAUUUUACUGAUGCUUUAUUGAAAGUUUUGGCUGAAGAUGGUGAUGUUGAGAGAGAAACUAUUAUAUUUAUGUUGGAAGAUUUUAUUGGUGGUCAUUCGGCUGUUGGAAAUUUGGUAACACUUGCUUUGGCUUAUAUUCUUCGUAAUCCAGAAGUUGCUCGAAAAAUUCAAAAUGAAGUCGAUUUAAUAGCCGGAAGUGAGAAUAGAAAAGUCACUUUGAUGGAUAUGGAAAAUAUGCCAUAUACAGUUGCUACGAUUUUUGAAGUUCUUCGUUAUUGCUCUUCGCCAAUUGUACCUCAUGUUGCGACUGAGGAUGUUGCAAUUGCUGGUUAUGGUGUGACAAAAGGAACAAUCGUAUUUGUUAAUAACUACGAAUUAAACACAAGUGAACGUUAUUGGAAUGAACCAGAAAAAUUUCUUCCUGAAAGAUUCAUUGAACCAGUUCCUGUACAAUCCCAUCAAUCUAAGACAAAUCAAGUGUCAAAUAAUGAGAUGCCAAUAAAGUAUCAACUACGUAAGAACAUUCCACAUUUUUUGCCCUUCAGUAUUGGCAAACGGACAUGCAUUGGACAAAAUCUUGUAAAAGGUUUUGGUUUCGUGAUGAUUGCUAACAUUUUACAAAAAUAUGACAUUUCAUGCAGAGAUGUCAAUUCAAUCAGAACUUAUCCCGCAUGUGUUGCAGUUCCACCGGAUACUUUUUCAAUGUGCCUUACACCACGAGUAAUCGUUAAAUAAGAAAAAAACGUUACUAUCAUAUCAAUUUCUAUAGAUUUAUAUAUUUUGUGCUAAAUAUAUUUUAUAUUUAUUUAAUCGAUCGAUUUUAAGAUCAUUUUCUU